AUGUCGUCCGCCAUUCCAACCUCGACCUCUGUAGUAGAGUCUGCCGUCAUCCGCGCUCCUCUGUCCAAGGUCUGGCACUUCAUCAAACUCCAGGACUUUAGCAAAUUCUGGACCGCAGUCAAGACCUCUGAAUACGUCAAGGGUGCGAGCGAGGAGACGGACAUCGUCAAGUGGAGCUUCAGCGACGGCACAGUCUUGGAGGUCAAGCAGGAGGAGCACAGCACCAUCAACCACUACAUCACCUACAGCGUCAUUACCGCGCAGCCUGAGCUUCCCUAUUCGAGUGUGCUGAGCACGAUUCGCUGCUAUAGUGUCACGAGUGGUGAGGCGGAGGGCUCGACUUAUGUGGAGUGGACGGGUAACUUUAGUAGUGAUGCUAACGCUGGUGUGAUUCAGGAUGCCAAGUACAAACGUCGCGAGGCGUUGGCUGACCUCGCCAAGGCUGCCUCCAAGGCUUGA